AAAGAAAGAGGAAGAAAUGACUCUUUCCCAGGGACAGUUGACCUUCAGGGACGUGGCCAUAGAAUUCUCUCAGGAGGAGUGGGAAUGCCUGGACCCUGCUCAGAGGGCUUUGUACAGGGAUGUGAUGUUGGAGAACUACAGGAACCUGCUCUCCCUGGGUGAGGAUAACUUGCCUUCUGAAGUUGGAACCCUUUCUGCUGGAUUUGCAAUAAAAGAAUUAUCACCAAGAGAGGACAUUGAUAAAGGAGAAUUAUACCAUCUAGUGAUAUUGGAAAGAAAUGAAAGGCGUGGCAUCAAGGAUUUUGACAUCAAGGAAGUCUUGGAAAAUAUGCAUGAGCAUGACAGUGAGUGGGGAUAUGAUGCAAGAAAUGACAAAGGAGUGCCUUUGACCCAUAAAAAAAGUCUCCCUUACAGAAAAGAUCAACAAUAUAAUAAAUCCUCAAUUGAUUUUCCUCAAAAGCAGAGUAUUUCAGUAAGAAAUAAUGCAUAUGAAUAUUUCAUGCUUUCUGAUAAGCCAUUCAUAAGAAAUUCCUUAAAACUGAAAAAUAACUUAAGCAAUGCUGGAAACAAGUAUAUAAAGUGUUUGGAAAAUAGAACUGAAUUAAGUUGGCAGGCACACCAGGCUGAACUGCAGAGAUUUCAAACUGAGGAGAAAAUUUAUGAAUGCAGUCACAUUGAGAAGUCUGUCAACAAUGGUUCCUCACUUUCACCACUUCAAAGAAGUAUUCCUAGUGUCAAAAACAUUUGUAAUAGAUAUAGGAAGCUUUUAAAAUAUUCUUUGUUACAUGCACAACACAGGAGAACUCAAGCCAGAGAAAAAUCUUACCAAUGUAAUGACUAUGGGAAGGCUUUUAGCAAAAGCUCAAACCUCACAGAUCAUGAGAGAAUUCAUUCUGGACAGAGACCUUACAAAUGUAAUGAGUGUGGCAAAGCCUUUAAGCGCAUCUCACACCUUACUAGACACCGGAGAGUUCAUACAGGAGAGAAACCAUAUAAAUGUAACGUAUGUGGUAAAGUCUGCAGUCAGAAUUCAAACCUUGCAAGUCAUCAGAGAAUACAUACUGGAGAGAAACCUUACAAAUGCAGUGAAUGUGGCAAAGCUUUUAACCAGUCUUCAAAACUUAUUCAACAUCAAAGAAUUCAUACUGGUGAGAAACCUUACAAAUGUAACAAAUGCAGCAAAGCUUUUGCUGAACAUUCUAGCCUUAUUCAGCAUAAGAGAAUCCAUACUGGAGAGAAACCUUACAUAUGUUCUGUGUGUGGCAGAGCUUUUAAGCAGUGCUCACACCUCACUAGACAUCAGAAUAGACAUCCUGGAGAGAAACCACACAAAUGUAACGUCUGUGGCAAGGCUUUUACCCAACGUUCAAGCCUUAUGGAACAUCAGAGAAUUCAUAUAGGAGAAAAAUGUUACAAAUGUAAUAAAUGUGAUAAGGCUUUUGUCAAACGUUCGCACCUCUGGGGUCAUGAGAGGAUUCAUACGGGAGAGAAACCCUACAAAUGUAAUGAAUGUGGCAAAGCCUUUACAGAACGUUCAAAUCUUACUCAACAUAAGAAAAUCCAUACUGGAGAGAAACCUUACAAAUGUAAUGAAUGUGGCAAAGCCUUUACUCAAUUUGCAAACCUUACUAGGCAUCAGAAACUACAUACUGAAAAGAAGCAUAAACCUAAUAUAUGUGGCAAUGCUUUUAUUCAAAGCUCAAGUUUUGGAGAUCAUCAGAGAAUUCAUAGGAGAAAGAAACCUUACAGAUGA